UUGGAAUUGGUGUAGUUAGUUUUGAAAUACUUAAGUUUUUGGAUCUAAAUUAAUGUUAAUGGUUUUGCUUCCCACAGAAAUAUUGCGAGUUUUGCGUUGCGUUGGAACGAGAUCAAAAUUGGAAUUGCAUUAGUGCGGCGAUAUCUUUUUGCACGUACGAUACAGAUGUUUGGGAGGGUGAUUCGGGUUUACGUAACUGAAAAUAAAAAUAACCACCAGGAAUUUGUCUUUGAGAAUAGGUGGUGAGGCGACUGUGUAAAUCAGAGGUUUAUUUGAUUAUAUCUGGGUUAAAAUUGCGUCAGUUUUUUUUUGAAUGUGUAUAAACGAACGUGCGUUCCGAAACAAUUCCAAGGAACAUAGCAUAGCAUGAUCCUACCACUGUCGUUGCAUUCUAGUUAGGUAACAGCCCGGUCCCUACUUUAUUUUUCUCCAACCACAUGUAUUGCUUCUAUAUAAAGGGUUGAUGAUUUUAAUUUACUUCAGUGACUUCUCUUUACUCAUAUCAAACACAGUAUUCUUUUACAUAUUUAUACAAUGUUCAAACUGGUAUUCUUGAGUUUGGCUGUAGCCGCAGUGUACUCAGCUCCUGGAUACCCUGACCUACAUGGAGGUGGUUACUCCUUCGAUGACGCCCAGUUAUUCUCAGCACCGAUCCUGAAGUCUGCACCAGUAUUUACACAGACUUACAUCAAAGAGGCGGCUCCGGUGUACUCAGCUCCGAUCCUGAAAGCGGCGCCCGUAUAUGCAGCUCCUGAACCUGUCUAUUCCUCGCCCAUUUACAAGACAUUCUCGGCUCCGGUCUACGAGAAAACAGCUCCGGUCUAUGCUGCCCCAACAAUAAUCAAGGCCGCCCCUGUGGUUAAGGCUUACGCUCCAGCAACGAGUUACGCCUCUGUCACUUCCUACAACGUUGCUCAUGCCCCCCCGACUGUUGUCAAGACCAUCGUCGCCCCUCAGCCCGUUUACAAAAGUAUUAUUGCUCCUCAACCUCAAGUUUACAAGAUCGCAGAAGCUCCAUCAUACAGUCACGACUUUUCAUCGUACGGCCAGGAUUUGCAUUCCUAUCACUGAAACGGAAAUUUGGUCCAAUUUCCUCAACACUGUAAAUAACCAGAAACGGCAUUAUGCAAUUAUAAUUUAUGUAAAAUAAAGGAUUCAAAUAAAGUUAAGUGCA